AAUUUCAUAAACUACAUCUGUGCCUCAUGGCAAGGCCUUCAAGCUCAAGGAAGGUUGGUUGAGGAUGUACAAAGCCCAACCGCAAUCUUCCUUCAAACUCCCGCAAUUUUUUCAAAUCUCAGACCAAGAAAAAGACGUUGCUUCUUCUUCUUCUUCCCUCUCUCUCUCUCUCUCUCUCUCUCUCUCCACCUAACAACCUCAACCUCCACCUCUCUCUACCAUUACAAAAAUGGUUGCACCACCACCAUCAUUCCAUUGCAAGCAACAUACCCUAACUUGGGUCACUGUUUUCCAUCUGGGUGCGAACAAAAGGGGAUCAAGAUUCAAUAGGAAGAAGAAGGAAAAAGAGCAGAAACCCUAGUUUGGGUUAGGGUUUCUGAAGAUGAUGGAAUCUGGGGUCCCUCUCUGCAGCACCUGUGGUGAACAAGUGGGGUUGAAUUCAAAUGGGGAAGUGUUUGUGGCUUGCCAUGAGUGUAAUCUCCCCAUUUGCAAAUCAUGUUUUGACUAUGAAAUCAAGGAAGGACGUUCUUCGUGCUUCCGGUGUGGUGCUCCGUAUGAAGAGAACGCAACUAUAGCUGAUGUUGAAACAGAGGUAUCUGCCAAUCACUCCACAAUGGCUUCUCACCUCAAUAAUAUGCAGGAUGUUGGCCUCCAUACUAGAAAUAUAAGUAGCGUGUCCACACUCGACAGUGAGUUAAAUGAUGAAUCUGGGAACCCGAUAUGGAAGAAUAGAGUGGAAAGUUGGAAGGACAAAAAGAACAAGAAGAAAAAGGCUGCUAGUAAACUUGCUAAAGAGGCUCAAAUUCCACCUGCACAGCAAAUGGAAGAAAAUCAGCAGCCAGGAGAUGCUGCGCAGCCACUUUCUAGAGUAAUACCAAUCCCAAAGAGCCAAAUCUCGCCGUACAGAGCUGUGAUCAUUAUGCGGUUGAUCAUUCUGGGACUCUUCUUUAACUACAGAGUAACACAUCCUGUUGAUAGCGCUUUUGGCCUGUGGCUCGUUUCCGUCAUUUGUGAGAUCUGGUUUGCUGUUUCCUGGGUUUUGGAUCAAUUCCCUAAGUGGUCUCCCAUUAAUAGGGAAACCUAUAUUGAGAGGUUGUCCGAAAGGUAUGAAAGAGAGGGCGAACCCUCAGAGCUAGCUGCCGUGGAUUUCUUUGUCAGUACAGUUGAUCCUUUGAAAGAACCACCAUUGAUAACUGCCAAUACUGUGCUUUCGAUCCUAGCCAUUGAUUACCCGGUCGACAAAGUGUCCUGCUAUGUUUCUGAUGAUGGUGCGGCAAUGCUUACGUUUGAGUCUCUGGUUGAAACAGCUGAAUUUGCAAGGAAGUGGGUCCCAUUCUGCAAGAAAUUUUCGGUUGAACCACGUGCCCCGGAAUUUUACUUCUCACAAAAGAUUGACUACUUGAAGGAUAAAGUGCAGCCUUCUUUUGUGAAGGAACGCAGAGCAAUGAAAAGAGAUUAUGAAGAGUACAAAGUCCGGGUAAAUGCUUUAGUAGCCAAGGCUCAGAAGACACCAGAGGAAGGCUGGACCAUGCAAGAUGGAACACCUUGGCCUGGGAAUAACACUCGAGAUCACCCUGGCAUGAUUCAGGUUUUCCUUGGACAUAGCGGAGCUCAUGACAUAGAAGGAAAUGAACUUCCUCGACUGGUAUAUGUCUCGAGAGAGAAGAGACCUGGCUACCAACAUCACAAAAAAGCUGGUGCUGAAAAUGCUCUGGUAAGGGUGUCUGCAAUUCUCACGAACGCACCAUAUAUCCUCAACCUUGAUUGUGAUCACUAUGUAAACAAUAGCAAGGCAGUUCGCGAGGCAAUGUGUUUCAUGAUGGAUCCACAAGUUGGUCGAGAUGUAUGCUACGUGCAGUUUCCUCAGAGGUUUGACGGCAUUGAUCGCUCUGACAGAUAUGCAAAUCGCAAUAUAGUCUUCUUUGACGUCAACAUGAAAGGGUUGGAUGGCAUUCAAGGACCAGUUUACGUGGGGACAGGUUGUGUUUUCUAUAGGCAAGCACUUUAUGGCUAUGGACCUCCUUCUUUGCCCAGCUUACCCAAGGCUUCUUCAUGUUGCUCAUCGUGUGGAAUCUGUUGUUGCUGCUGCCGACCCAAGAAGCCCACCAAAGAUCUCUCUGAGGUUUAUAGAGAUUCAAAAAGGGAAGAUCUAAAUGCAGCCAUUUUUAACCUCAGGGAGAUCGACAAUUAUGAUGAGCAUGAGAGGUCUUUACUCAUGUCCCAGAUGAGCUUCGAGAAGACUUUUGGCAUGUCAUCGGUGUUUAUUGAGUCGACAUUGAUGGAGUAUGGAGGAGUAGCUGAAUCUUCCAACCCAUCAUUACUUAUCAAAGAAGCAAUUCAAGUCAUUAGCUGUGGGUACGAGGAGAAGACGGCAUGGGGAAAAGAGAUUGGCUGGAUAUAUGGGUCAGUGACUGAGGAUAUUUUGACGGGUUUCAAAAUGCACUGCCGAGGAUGGAGAUCCAUUUACUGCAUGCCUUUGAGGCCUGCAUUCAAAGGUUCUGCACCAAUCAACUUGUCUGAUAGGUUGCACCAGGUUCUCCGGUGGGCUCUUGGGUCCGUUGAGAUUUUCCUGAGUCGACAUUGUCCCCUCUGGUAUGGAUUUGGAGGUGGCCGCCUUAAGUGGCUUCAAAGGAUGGCAUAUAUUAACACUAUUGUUUACCCAUUUACAUCUCUCCCUCUCAUCGCAUACUGCACUCUUCCAGCUAUUUGCCUUCUCACCGGCAAAUUCAUCAUUCCCACGCUUUCAAACAUAGCAAGCAUAUGGUUUCUUGGCCUCUUCAUCUCCAUCAUCCUGACCAGCGUGCUCGAGCUGAGGUGGAGCGGUGUCAGCAUCGAAGACUUGUGGCGUAACGAGCAGUUUUGGGUGAUCGGAGGAGUUUCUGCCCAUCUCUUUGCCGUUUUCCAAGGGUUUCUCAAAAUGGUUGCUGGACUCGACACUAACUUCACAGUUACUGCAAAAUCAUCCGAAGAUGGAGAGUUUGGCGAGCUCUAUGUUUUCAAGUGGACCACAGUUUUGAUCCCUCCGACCACCCUUUUGAUUCUCAACAUGGUUGGAGUGGUUGCUGGCUUUUCGGAUGCCUUGAAUAAAGGGUACGAAGCGUGGGGGCCGCUUUUUGGGAAGGUGUUUUUUGCCUUCUGGGUGAUCCUUCAUCUCUAUCCCUUCCUCAAGGGUUUAAUGGGUCGCCAAAAUAGGACUCCAACCGUUGUUGUUCUGUGGUCAGUGCUUUUGGCUUCGGUCUUCUCUCUCAUUUGGGUCAAGAUAAAUCCGUUUGUGAGCAAAGAAGAUACGACGACCGUGCAAGGCUGCAUAUCCAUUGAUUGUUGAGUUGUUACAAGAAAUUAUGCAUGCAUUUAGAUGCAAAGAAGCCAAUUAUCAGGUUUGGUUUUUGGCAAUGUUUUCUUACUUUGAAAUUUUGGAAGAUGUCAUAUGUAGACAUCGGAGUUUGCUGCUUUUCUUGUUUGGCUUGAGAGAAAGAUCCAAGAAACUGGUAGCAACACGAAAUGGAAGAGAAAUCAUAUAGUCUUUGUAUUAAUUUUGGAUGGACAAAGAGGAAGAAAAUAAGAUGAAUUUGAUAA